GCUCUCCCACAAAAAACGACUAAUUGGCACGCGGAGGGGGAAGGGGGACGCAGGAGUUCACGCAAGGGGUGCUCAGGUGACGUCAGACGCCGCGUUGGCUCGUAGGAAAAGUUUUUGUUGUUGUUCUUAGAAACUUUUUUCCCCCCCUCUCCCGGUCUUGGCGUUUUGUUUCUUUACUGGCAAACGCAAGGAGAAGAAAAGUAGAAAAACCGCACUCCGGCCAGACGGGACAAGGAGCAGCACGGAUUUGCGGUCCCGAUCGUUUCCCAGGAGUUCGGAAAAAUGGCGGAAACGAAAAUAAUUUACCACAUUGAUGAGGAAGAAACGCCGUAUUUAGUGAAGAUUGCUAUCCCCGCGGAGAAAAUCACCUUAUUGGAUUUUAAGCAAGUGCUGAACAAACCAAACUAUAAGUUUUUUUUCAAAUCGAUGGACCAGGAUUUCGGGGUGGUAAAGGAGGAAAUCUCAGAUGACAAUGCUAAACUUCCCUGCUUCAAUGGAAGAGUUGUCUCCUGGCUGGUGUCUUCAGACAGCCCACUGCCAGAACCUGCUCCUGCUCCAGUGGAGACCAGACCAGAGCCAUCCCCACCGCCACCUCCUCUUCCCCCUCCGCCAGCUGAGCGCACGGGAGGCAUUGGUGAUUCCAGACCCCCUUCUUUCCACCCCAAUGUUACAGGUAGUCAAGAAAAUUUGGACGAACAAACAGAAACUGAAUCGGUGGUGUCUUCUCGACGAGAAAGGCCACGGAGGAGAGAAAGUAUGGAACAGCAUGGUGGGCCUCGGAUUAAUGGACAGUCCAGGUUAGAUCGGCACUUAGCAGGCUAUGAAAGCGCCACCACCAUGAUGAGUAGUGAGCUUGAAACCACAAGUUUCUGUGACUCUGAUGAUGACGACACUAUGAGCCGUUUUAGCAGCUCUACAGAGCAGACCACUACCUCACGCCUUCUAAAGCGACACCGCCGUCGUAGGAAACAACGCCCUCCACGUCUUGAACGGACAUCUUCCUUCAGCAGUGUCACCGACUCGACAAUGUCACUCAACAUUAUCACUGUGACUCUCAACAUGGAGAAGUACAACUUUUUGGGAAUAAGCAUUGUUGGUCAGAGCAAUGAACGGGGAGAUGGUGGAAUCUAUAUCGGCUCCAUUAUGAAGGGCGGAGCAGUUGCUGCUGAUGGACGGAUCGAGCCGGGGGAUAUGCUGCUGCAGGUAAACGAUAUCAACUUUGAGAACAUGAGCAACGACGAUGCAGUUCGGGUACUGAGGGAGAUCGUGCACAAGCCUGGGCCUAUCAUUUUGACAGUUGCCAAAUGUUGGGACCCGUCUCCGCAAGGAUAUUUCACACUGCCUAGAAAUGAACCUAUUCGACCAAUUGACCCGGCAGCCUGGGUGUCCCACUCUGUUGCACUUACAGGUGCUUACCCACCUUACCCUGGCAGUUCGUCGUUAAGCACAAUCACAUCCAGCAGCUCAGUUACAGAGACAGAGCGUUUUGAUGACUUUAAUCUUUCUCUGCACUCCGACAUGGCAUCUGUUGCGAAGGCAAUGGCUUCUCCUGAAUCUGGUCUAGAGGUGAGAGACCGAAUGUGGCUGAAGAUCACAAUUCCCAAUGCAUUUUUAGGCUCUGAUGUGGUUGAAUGGCUCAGUCACCAUGUGGAUGGCUUUCAAGACCGCCGUGAAGCCCGAAAGUAUGCCAGUAACCUCCUGAAAGCCGGUUUUAUCAGACAUACAGUCAACAAAAUCACCUUCUCGGAGCAGUGCUACUACAUUUUUGGGGAUUUCAACGACUGUGAAAACUACAUGGCAAACCUGUCCCUCAAUGAUAAUGAUGGCUCCAGUGGUGCCUCUGACCAGGAUACUUUGGCGCCACUUCCUCUGCCAGGGGCAACUCCUUGGCCUAUCAUGCAUACUUUUCCUUAUCAGUACCCGCACCCCUACUCCAGCCAGCCACCUCCAUACCAUGAGCUAACCAGCUACAGUUAUGGCCCAGGAAGCACUGGCAGCCAGCACAGUGAAGGAAGUCGCAGCAGUGGCUCUACCAGAAGCGAGGGUGAACGUCGGCGAGGAGGAAAAGGAAGUGGACGAGAAGAGAAAACAAGUGGUGGAACAGGUGGUGGGGCAGACUCCCGCUCGGGCAGCGGCAGCGAAUCAGAAUACUCAACCAGGAGCAGCAUACGCAGAGACCACAGUUCAGUGGCUGCCAGCGAACACAGCCAACGCUCCCAUCACAGUCAACGUUCCCAUCUCUCUUAUGGGCCCCCAGGAAUUCCCAUCCCUUAUAAUCCUAUGAUGGUGAUGAUGCUUCCUCAGCCUCACCCACCUCAUCAUCCCCACCAUGCUGCAGGAUUACCACCUCCACCUCCUGGGGGUCCUCCAGGAGCUCCGCCAGUACGAGAUCUAGCUUCUGUGCCUCCAGAGCUCACGGCGAGCAGACAGUCUUUCCAUCUGGCCAUGGGAAAUCCAAGUGAGUUUUUUGUUGAUGUCAUGUGACUUGAGCAGAGCCGCCAAGCUCUGAUUGGUUAAGGAUCAACAGUUGACUCUUGACUGCAAUCAUGGACAUUAUUAAAAAAAAAAAAAAUCACCUUCAAGUGAUAGACUAAAAAUAAUAAUAAACUGCAUGUAGUGAAAGUAUACUGUGACAAUAUAUAAUUGCAAGAUGCAACUUUUGUAUUUUAAAACAUUUCUAGCAUUCAGUGGUAGUAGUGAAGGACUUGGGUGAUAUGCAGACAAAAGUGGCAUUUAUGAAAUGUGUACGUCUUAUGUUACUCGUGCAAGGCAGGGUGAUAUCUGUGGUUUCACGUGAGACCACUUUUGAGAAUGCAAAGAGAAGAUUAAAUGAGAACGAUAAUUAUGUUUACUUUGUUUCAAUGAACACUACAUCUUAAGGAACACUCUCUUCUGAGAAACCCAAUAUGGUGCACGAUACCACUAACAUAAAUAUAUCCAAACACCAGGAUAUUUUCUUGGUAGGUGUAUACAGUCCCAUAAGGCAAAUCUUCCAACACAAGACAUGUAUCGGUCCCAUAAUUCUUUAACAUCUAUAUUGCCUGCUUGACAAUGUAGCUGACAUAAAAGAAUGUGAUUUAAGUGAACGGGAUUGGGAUCUCCUUGUUCAGUACCUCCAUCUCCAUACUCUUUAUCUCCAUAAUUCCUGCCACCAGCACAAUAAUAAAGGAAAGCAUGUCUACUAAAUUUGUGCCUUUGUAUUUCAUGAUGGCACACCUCAAUAAGUGGUGGCAGUGCUUUGCACCAGUCUUCAUGAGUUUGAGGGCCAUUGGGUGAAGCCAUAUGCCCGCUUUCUUCUGAAGACUGAACUUUUGUAUUUCUUGGCGUAGAAGCCAGCAUUCAUGGUCAUUUUGAAAACAUUUUUCACAAUAUUUAGCAAUGUCUUGAUUUUUUAUAUUUAUAUGUAUACACAUACACUUUUUUUUCACAGAGGGGUUGUCUGACAUUUUCUUUUUUUUUUUGGUAUAAAAAGGAGAUUCUUCCUGACAGUUACCUUUUCAAGUUUAACCCCUCUAAAUUCUAUUUUUUGCACUUUUUAGUAACCUUCUCAUGUCAUGAUAGGAACUCCAUUUUUAGCUAAAUAAAAAUAUAUAAGUUUUUCAUGUCUCUGCAAGAUUAAAUAUGAAAUGUAGUUAUGUUCUUAAAUUUGCCAACAUUCAGUAUGAAGGAAGUGCAGGGGCCAAGAAGUAUGAGUGUCGAUUGAUUUGUUCGUCCACAUGUAGGACACUCAAACUCCGUACUUUCUUUGCCAUCACCAAAGGUGCUAAUGAAGAGAUCUGUAAACGUUCUGCCUUUUAUUUCUUCUUAUCACUUUUGUUAUAAUAAAUUUUUACCUUUCAUCAGA